CAACUACAUACCCAGUCAUACUCGUAUUCACGCCAUCAUCUCCUUCAAAAUGUACUAGUUUUACUGAAAACGGCCCACCCUUCCGAUCGGCCUUUAAAUGCGAACUUUGCGCCUCCCAUUUCUCUUGCGCCAAUAUCGUCCUUCAAGAAUCGCCAAUUGCCCCCCACCAUAAUGCAGCUCAUGAACCUCCCCGACGAGUUGCUUGGGUCUAUCCUCAGCUACAUAUCGCCCGAUGAAGUUCUUUUCAACGCCCAGCUCGCAUGUAAACGAUUGCGCGCCGCCUGUGGCGAACCGCUACUAUGGAAACACCACUGCCAGACCGACUUCAAGUACUGGGACCCGAAGCAUCGCAUACAGCAGAAGCUGAGGGGAAACGUCAAUGAUGUGGAUUGGAAAAAGCUGUAUGUUUAUAGAAGAUGGAUGGACUUGCAGAUCACACAGGUUUUGGAUAGCAUCCUUGACGGGCAGGUCGAUAGGAUUAGGAAAUACGGGAAAAUCGCUGAGUUUGGUUAUGAUGCGAAGGACACACUGCUUCGACAUUGUCGCACAGAUGAUUCGGCUGAAGAUGUGCUUGCGCGCAGGUAAAAUUCAUGAAUAUACUUCAAUUACAUGUCUCUGAUUGCUCUCUAGAUACUAUGCGAACUCGGUUCUCGACCAUUUACAUCGAUCGCAGGCUUUGGCUGUAUGGCAUGAAGUAAUAAAUGGGCAUUCAGUGUCGUUGGAAAGAGCUUUGGGAUCUUUUGAUUUAUUUGUGUUGGGCGAUAAAUUCGGGGACCUUUUAGAGGUAUGAAACCGGAUGCGCAUUUGGGUUUUCAUGUAUUGACGCCCAUAGAUCUCCCAAUUGCUCGACGACUGGGCUGCACGUUUCAAAAAGGAGUGUCCAAAUUAUCGCGAAUUGACCAUGAGGAAGAAGGCUCUUCUACUGACGAGAUUUGUACGAAUGCACAAUCUCACUGGAUGCGGCUCAGACGAGGCAUACAGAGAUCUACAGAACUGUUUCAUUGGAAUCGUAUUGCAGGAUGACAACCACCCUUCAUUACCAUUACUAACCGUAGCCAUAUUCUGCUGUAUCGCAACACGACUUGGGAUAGAUGCCCGACCUUGCGGAGUUCCCCUCCAUGUUCACGCCAUGGUAUUUCCAUCCAAGACUGAAACAUUGGACGGCCGAGAUGUACUCAAAGAUGGUACUACUGGGGGGCCCAUGUAUUUGGAUCCAUUUCGAUCGGACCACGAAGUCGACAAAGAAGAUCUUCACAGAAUGCUGGGAUCAUUUGGGGUAGAUGCACAUGAAUAUGGCCGAUAUAUUGCGGAGGCGGAACCUACCAAUUUAAUCCUUCGGACAUCAAGAAAUAUUUUGUCAUCAGUGCAGCAGUACAGAGCGUUGCAUGGCAAUUCCGAUGAUAACUCACGCUUUGUGCUUUAUAGAAAUCCAUACACCGACACCGAAAACUCUUUCUACGCGGCUCUGUGGGCUAAUUUCAUUUUUGGAAGACCCUCUUCAGCAAUGGAUACCUCGAAUCAACGGAAGUUCAUACCCCUAAUCCUAGAGAGAUACGAACGUUUAUUUCCCAUGGACUCUGAUUUAGUGGAGCGAUAUAUCUGUCCCUUGUUCACCAGUACAUGGAACCAAGAAUACCGGGAGUUACAGGAGGCUUUACGGGUAGUCCGCGCGGCUGACUACACGCCAAAACAAGUACGAAGACGAGAUAAUCAGGCCCUGGAAGGUGUAAAGUAUCAUGUAGGACAAAUCUUUCGUCACCGAAGAUAUGCUUACGAGGCAGUUAUCAUCGGAUGGGAUAUCGAAUGUGGGAUGAACCCGGAUUGGAUAGCGACUAAUGGCGUGGACUGGUUAUCUCGGGGUCGACAUCAGAGUUUUUACCAUGUGCUGUGAGUGUUUUCCCUUCUCCCCUAGAAUAGAAUUUGGGCUUACUAGUCUGCAGAGUGGAGGAUACGAGUAUUCGCUAUGUAGCUGAGGAGAACAUCGAGAUCCUGACCUCGAAGACUCCGACAUCCCUAAUGAGCUUGGCGGGUCGGUAUUUCAAGAGAUGGGACAGUGGGAGUGCGAGGUUUGUGUCGAAUAUCAGGGAUGAGUAUCCACAUGAUUGAGGGGGUGAUGGGAUCAAACAUCGUUGAUUUCUAGCGUAGCUUAUUGAAUACUACUUUAUAAUAUUUA